CGCCCAGUCUCGAGGACACGAGCCGCGCAUGCGCAUCAGAAAAUAAGGCCUGAGGGAGAAGCCUCCAGAAAGCUCUCCCUCCGUAUUAUCCGCCAUGGCUUCCAAGCGGGCCUUAGUGAUCCUGGCCAAAGGCGCCGAGGAGAUGGAGACCGUCAUCCCCACCGACCUCAUGCGCAGAGCAGGGAUCUCAGUGACGGUGGCUGGCCUGGCGGGGAAGGAGCCCGUCCAGUGCAGCCGUGACGUGGUCCUGUGUCCGGACAAGAGCCUGGAGGAGGCCCGUAAAGUGGGGCCGUAUGACGUGGUGGUCCUGCCGGGAGGAAACCUGGGGGCCCAGAACCUCUCGGAGUCUCCUGCAGUGAAGGACGUCUUGAAAGACCAGGACGGCAGGAAGGGCCUCAUUGCCGCUAUCUGUGCAGGUCCCACCGCGCUACUGGCGCAUGGCAUCGGCUUCGGGCGCAAAGUGACAACGCACCCCUUGGCCAAGGACAAGAUGAUGGCUGGAGACCACUACAAAUACUCAGAGAGCCGCGUGGAGAAGGACGGCCACAUCCUGACCAGCCGGGGACCGGGCACCAGCUUCGAGUUCGGCCUGGCCAUCGUGGAGGAGCUGAUGGGCAAGGAGGUGGCCGCCCAGGUCAAGGGCCCCCUCGUCUUGAAGGAUUAGGGGCAGACCCCCACCAAGGUAGAGAUAGGUAGAUGAACUAAUUGCAGUUCCGUCCCCCUGAAGCCACUGGGACCCAAUGAUGCGCCCCAUAGCUGUGUGCCCCCCACAUCAUCCCUCCACUUCCCGGGAAUUGUUCACCUUCAAUAAAAGAGGAUUUUUGAAUGGA